AUGUCAAAAAUAUCACUAAACGAGUCCGGGAGACGUCUUCUAAGAGAUCUGAAGAAUUUAAAGCGCGAUCCGCCUGCUGGAGUUGCCGCUGCACCGAUAGAUAACGAUAUUUAUGUAUUCUUUAAAGUAGCAGUCAUUUUUCUAGGCGUUUUUAAGCUUCAUCUCAAGUUUGAUGAUAGUUACCCCAACUCGGCUCCUAAAGUGAAGUUCGUAACUCGAAUCUUUCAUCCCAACGUUUAUGGCGAUGGUCGCAUUUGUUUAGAUAUUCUUCAGAGUCAGUGGAGUCCCGUGUACGAUGUUUCCGCAGUUUUACUAUCGAUCCAAUCUCUCUUGAGUGAUCCGAAUCCACUAUCUCCUGCAAACUAUGAGGCAGCGCGUUUGUACACAGAGAACCGCGCUGAAUACAACCGUCGUGUACAUCAAGUGAUUGAAGAGAGCUCUGCAACUGAGAGCCAAUCUUGUGUUUGUUGA